AUCCAGCAACAACCUUCAAAGUAGUGUGAUACUAAUUCUGAAAGCUUGAGCAAGCAGAUCGUCGGCGAUGUCGAACAUUGAGUACCAGGCCGGCAAGGCGCAAGCCGAGGCCGAGUGCCAGGCGGAGCACGCCGCGCAGUCCGUCAAGGGCGCCGCCGGCGCCACCACUGGCGCCGCGGCCGACGCUGCCGGAGCUGCUGCCGACAGCGCGCAGCUGCAGCAGCACCGCGCCACCGACGCCGUUCAGAGGGCUGCCGAUCAGGUGGCUCACACGGCCGGGGGCGCGGCCGCCGCCGUCAAGGACACAGUCACCGGCGGCAACUGAUGGAUCCGUCUACUGAUCUACGAAUCAAAUUCACAAUGAUGCAUGGCCAAGCAGGGUUCCUGAAGCUAGGAAUGGCGACUAUUGUUUAUUUCUGUUUCUAUCGUUGUUUUUCCUAUUUUACUCAAGUCUAAUGCUUGAGGACUUUGUUGUUCCGAGUUGUAUCACAUUUAUUCCGUUGGAAAUUUUUCAUAACCCCAUCACAUCCAACGUGGGUAAGCUUAAUAAUGCUUAAUUGAGAUAUUUCAAUUGGCUUUGCCAGAGGCACUAUA